AUGUCUUCCAGGAUUAGGGCGGAGAAGGAGCAAUCUCCGGUGCCUCCACCAUCUCUGAUUACGUGUCUUCCAUAUGACAUCAUCGUGGAUAUCAUAGCACGUGUACCAAUAUACUAUUAUCCGAAAAUCUCCCUCGUUUCCAAGAGUUUCCGAUCAAUCGUUGCGUCACGUGAGCUGUACACGAGUCGAUCCUUGUUAGGCCGCACCGAACACUGUCUCUAUGCUGUUCUUUAUAACUACAACACCGAUGAUUACCAUUUGUCUAUUCUCCGCCGGGAAGUCAACAACAAUAAUCGCUUGGUCAUUAUCCUGACGCUUCCUUGUAUGCCUUGCAGCGUAAGCUAUGUCCCAGUGGGUUCAAAGAUAUAUGCAGUGGGUUCAUCGAGUUCUUUAAGCAUAGACUGUAGAUCUCACAAGGUGCAGUCCAACUCUAGCAUUCCUAAGUACAUGUAUGAGAAGGUCCCUGGCAUCAUCAACGGUAAGAUUUACCUAAUCGGAGAUGAUAAGGAAAGCCAUUCGAGAAAGAGAGUAAUGGUGUUGGAUAUAGAAACUCAAAUGACGAUAAAGCCAGACUUGGAGCUAGAUCAAUUUUGGUAUGAUGCUGUGGUGAUGGAGGAUAAGAUUUACAUGAGACAUUCUAUGAAAAGCUUUGUUUAUGUGCCAAAGGAAAACACUCUCCUUUCACAUAAGUUUUUCCUUAGAUCUCAGAAACUGAAGCAGGACAAGUCUCAACAAGCAGGAUCUCAUGGAUGUGGUUAUUUGCAGCUCAGGAGGUAA